CACUUACAUCACUUACAAAAUCUAUACACCACAAAAUCCAGAAUGCAGUUAGCCAAAUAUUCAAUAUUUUUGUUCGUUUUAUGCGGAACGCUGAUACCGGUAGAAAUAGUAGCCAGAUCACUGGAAAAGAAACAGCCGAGAGGAUCAGUCGCCAGAACUGUGGAGGGUGAAGCGCCGGCAGGGGAUGCUGCUGCCGCAGGUGCAAAACCGGAACACAUUAAGCGUGACGGAGGAGGAAUCCCUGAAAUGCCCAUGGACCUGCACAUGAUGCAUGCUCCAUGUGACAUGGACACCAGGGGUACACAGAGCUAUAUAUUCGCCUUUCCCAACCAUUGCAUAUGGGCGUUCAACAAUCGGUACAUGAGCGAAGGACAUUUCCGCAUCUACAAGACCUACCAGUUGGAAGGAUUUUUCUUUGGCCAGUAUUACGAACGACUUAAGCGUUACGAAUUCGAGCCACAUUCCUACGAUUACAAUAUGUAAUGCAAUGUGCUUAAAGUGCAGCGAUCAAAUUCUAACUAUUUCGACGGACUACCAAGACAUUUCCUUUAUAAUAUAAAUAUUAUUUGUAGC